CUCUUUGGAGGAAGCCAGGUCCGCUCCAUUCUUCCUGGUUGAGCUCGAUAUUGAGAAAUAUUGAACGGAAAACAAACCAUGCUUCUCUGCUUCUGUAAAGAACCAAGAUAAUUCUGUAAGACAUAAUGGGACCCCUUACAAAUGUUGUUAUCUUUGCCUGCGUCUUUAUAUUCACUCUUGGGACUAAUAUCCAGAUGACUGUGGAAAAUGAAUUUACUGCAAACUAUUCAAGCAGUUUGCUAACUACUGUCCCAAAAAACAUUUUAGUUCAUAUUCAUGUAUUAGAUUUAUCAUAUAAUAAGAUCUCUGAAUUUAAUGUCUUGGAUUUUAUGUCUCUUUCUGACCUUCGAGUAUUGAAUCUUUCUCACAAUCUAAUUACAGAGCUUGACUUCAAUGCCUUCAUGUUUAAUCAAGAUUUAGAAUACUUAGAUUUGUCUCAUAACAGGAUUUUGAAAGUUUACUGUCAAACUGUUGAACGUCUUAGACAUUUAGAUCUUUCUUUCAAUGAGUUUAGAGCCUUGCCCAUCUGUCAAGAAUUUGCGACCAUGUUUCAUCUCAAGUACCUAGGAUUAAGUGCCACGACAAUACAGAGAUCAGACUUUAGAUACAUCACACAUUUGCAGCUGCACACUGUCUUCCUAACCUUGCAAGACUUUUCUAGGUACGAACCUCAGAGUCUGACAGCCAUAAACACAAGGAGCCUUCACAUAGUUUUUGCAGACAACCAAAACUUCAGUUUUUUCCUCUUGUAUGAUGGAUUGAGCACUUCAGAAAAUUUAAAAAUAACUAACAUAAGAUACAGCCUGAGUUACAAAGAUUUCCCUUUUCCUCCCUUAGAGCUUGUGAAAAAAAUCAAGACAACAGCCCUAGUGCUAGACAAUGUGGAUUUACAAUGGGGGAUCAUUUUUGAGAUUUUUUUGCUUAUUUGGUAUUCCCCUGUAGAGUAUUGGACUGUGAAAAACUUAACUUUUCGAGGAUCGGUAAGGAAGGUGACAGAAUAUGAACAUUUAUUCUUAUUAAGCUUUCAAGAAAAACUCAUCAAUUGGGAUGGCUCCAUGAAAGCAUUAACUUUAGAACAUGCUCGUAAUAAGGUUUAUUAUUUCAACCAGGAAAUCCUAUACAGACAAUUCUCAGAGAUGAAUAUUGAACAUUUAACAAUAUACGACGCAUAUAUGCCACACAUGCUUUGCCCCAAGAGAAUAAGCUCGUUUCAGUACUUAAAUUUUUCUCACAAUGCCCUGACAGAUGAGUUGUUCCAGAAUUGUGUCACUCUGAUAGAUUUGAAAUCACUUAUUUUGCAGAGGAAUAAGUUUAAGAGCCUUUCCAAGGUGAGCUUAAUGACAAGCCAUAUGAAAUCGCUGAGGUAUCUGGACAUGAGCAGCAACAUGCUGCACCAUGACGGGGCUGAGCAGCACUGCCAGUGGCAAGUGCACAUGAGGAGACAGGGCUUGCACAACCAGUAA